UUGUUACAGGUACUCCCGUGAGAAUUGUGAUUUUAUUUCAAGUUUCUUAUCAAGCGCUUGAAGUGACAAUCUUCACAGCAUUGUAGGUGAUUAUAAAGCGAGUCUGCUUGUUCCUGAGAACCGUGGGACGUGUAUUCUGUCUUUGAAAUGGAAAUCCAUGAAACCGAUGCGGCGCAGCUCCCCGCGUCCAUGCAUUCCCGAGGAGUCGCUCCAGGUCACGCGACGGGGAACGCACCGUCCAGUCCGCAGCUCCAUCGCCAGCCGGGCCCCGCCGGGGUCCGCAGCGCUCCCGGGGCCCUUCCCCCGCCGCUCCCAAGGCGCCGGGAAGCGGCGGCGCUCCCGUCUCCUCGCGGCGCUGUCCGCAGCUGCCCCCCGCUCCGAGCGGCGAUCACGGCGCGGACCCGGGGCGGCCUCCGCGGCCCGCAGGCGGCGAGGCGCGCGGGGCCGGGAGCGCGCGGUCCGGCCUGCGCUGGGGUUGGGCCGGGCCGGGUCCGGCGGUGCCGCCGCCAUGAGCGCCGGCGGCACGCUGAGCAUCCUGCGCAGCGACUCCUACGCCGAACUCAGCCAGUACCGGGACCAGCAUUUCCGGGGGACGCGCUACGACCAGGAGCGGCUGCUGAGGAAGAGCUGCACGCUGUACGUGGGGAACCUCUCCUUCUACACCACGGAGGAGCAGAUCCACGAGCUCUUCGGCAAAAGUGGCGACAUUAAGAAGGUCAUCAUGGGGCUGGACAAAGUGAAGAAAACCGCCUGCGGCUUCUGCUUCGUGGAGUAUUAUGCCAGAGGAGAUGCUGAAAACGCAAUGCGAUACAUCAACGGGACCAGGCUGGAUGACAGGAUCAUAAGGACAGACUGGGAUGCAGGGUUCAAGGAGGGCAGGCAGUAUGGCCGUGGACGAUCAGGGGGGCAGGUCCGAGAUGAGUAUCGGCAAGACUAUGAUGCUGGAAGAGGUGGCUAUGGCAAAACUGUUCAGUGCCAGUGACUCCUCAGCCUCUCAAGAGAGCCAAAUCUGCAUAGUCAAUGCCCCCAGGCACAAAGUGGGUUUGUUACACACAGUUCACAGAAACUCCUAUCCACGUUCCUGUGAGCACAUCCUAUGUUCAAUACCUCUUUGUUUUAAUACCAGGAUCCAAAGCAUUGCAGAGGACCUGGGAGCAAGGCUUUAAGCAUUAGAAUGCUGAGGCUUUGGUCUCAAAAUGCUGCUAUAACUUACUGAAAGAAGCAAAGAUGCAAUGUUAUGGUGCUUUUUUUUUUCUCUCUGGCAAAACUUGAUUAUUCUACUGGGUUUUGUUUACAUUGGGAUCACAGGGUGAGCAGCAGUGAUAAAGGAUGGUUGGUGGAUGUUUCACAGACGAAAGCAAAAGGCAAAGAGCCUGAAAAGGAAGUGGAAUUUAUAGGGAAAUUUUUCAGUUUCUAGAGAAGAAUUCUAAGUUGCAGAUUUUCUGGUUUUAAGGAUUAGCAUCCUUUUCCACUGAUGCUGUUCCUGAAACCUUUACAUGAGCAGCCAUUAUAAGACAAAUCAGACUGAGUUCAGGAACCAUGAAGUGAGAAACAGAGAGCAGGAAACAGACUGCUGUCUUCUACAAAUUACAGUUGUGAUUGCAUGACAGAGAAGAGCAAAUACAAGAAUUACAGUACUAUUAUUUCACAAUUUGAGUAUUAGUAUUUUGCCCCAUCUGGUAGAUCUCUACAGCCUUGAUAUUUGAGAGCAGUAUCUUCCCCGUGCCUGUAAGGGUUGCAUGAAGCCAAGUUACCUCCAGAACUGGGAUGAUUGAGGAACUGGGUUUAUAAUGAGAAAGUUUCUUCCCAAAACAGGUUUUCUGUUUGAGAAACUUGAUUUCAGACAACUUAAAAAUAGAAAUAAAAGAGUUUUGGGAGGAGUUUUACUGAGCAUGUGAUAAGAAUGGUAAAAGGAUUUCAGGAUUGUGUAACUUGUUGUGUUUUGUUUUUUCUCUUUCCCCACUGGAUUCAUUUGUACUGCUUGUUAAUAUGUUGGAAUUUUGGUGUCCUGCAGACAUUGGUUUAAAAAAUGUGAUCCCAAGAUCAAGGAAAUUUACCUGCUGAAACAAAAUUGUUGAAAAAGAACUGUUACAGGGCUUUGAAAUUUCUUCAUGGACUUCUGAGUUCCAUGUAAACUGCAGUUACUAAAGUUUUGUGCAAAUACCUUGUUGCCCAUGACUCCUUAUAAACUUUCAAAGGUGUACAAAAGUAGAACUUUACUCCGUGAAGGCACUGUAGGAAAUUUUGAGGUGUUUCUUGCAUACAGUUAAUCACAACUGUUACUGUAAAUUGGAAGACAAGUGAGAUUGAACAGCUCCUUAGUUAGGAAGUGCGAGUUUGAGGUUUUUUGGUGUGUCAAGUAAAACUAGACUUUUGGGAUUACUUGGUGCUGGUCUGCAGAUAAGCUUUGAACAAAAUUACCUUUUCCAAUACAGUACAUUUGACUAUGAGUUUACAGUCUGUAAUCUGCUCUAGAGCACUGCUGAAGUUUAUUUUCAUUGUAUCAAUUUUGUAUAAAAAAUAUGUUACCAAAAACUCUAAAGUCACUUUCUUUUAAAUAAAGCUGCAACAUUAAAAUGG